UGAGAUCGAAAAUGCACGGAUAGUAACCACCACAAAGCAAUCAUCUUAAUCUCCAACCUAAAAACAAACAAAAGACAAGCAAAUAACCCGAGUAAUUGGAGAAACAAACGUCACUUGUGGCGUAAAUCUUCUUCUUCUUCAUCUUAUCUCUCUCAUUCCGGUGCCGUAAAUAUGUCUUUGGAUACGGUGGACAAGCUGGUGGUGUUCUUGGCCAAGAGAGACGGAAUAGACAAGCUUGUGAAGACAUUCCAAUACGUGGCCAAGCUCGCAUGCUGGCACGUUGAAGCCACACGUCCGGACGCGGCCGAGAGAUUCAAGAAAUGGGAGGUUGCGUCCGGUCUCAGCCGCAAAGCCUUCAGGACUGGGAGGUCGCUCACGGGUUUCAAUGCCCUGAGACGAAACCCUGGAGCAACCCCGGUGAUCCGUUUCUUAGCGGUCCUAGCCAAUUCAGGAGAGAUGGUUUACUUCUUCUUCGACCAUUUCCUUUGGCUAUCAAGAAUCGGUACAUUAGACCCCAAGAUCGCCAAGAAAAUGAGUUUCAUCUCGGCUUUUGGUGAAUCUUUUGGUUACGUUUUCUUUAUCAUCAUCGAAUGCAUUUUCAUAAGGCAGAGAGUCGAUUCCUUGAAAAGACUCAAGACAAAUGAUGAACCGAAAGAAGAAAUCAGCGGGAAAGUUAGUGAGAUUCAGGGAGAUAUAGUGAUGAGACUGAUGGGGAUUUCAGCUAACAUUGCUGAUCUGAUUAUCGCAUUGGCAGAAAUUCAACCGAACCCGUUUUGUAACAACACGGUUACACUCGGUAUAAGCGGUUUGGUAUCGGCUUGGGCUGGUUGGUACAGGAAUUGGCCAUCGUGAGAGGUACUAAUUAAGAUCUGAGGAGCGUAUCUAAAAAAUGUUGUACCAAACGUUUAACUCAGUUGAAUAUAUGCAAUUUUCUAUAUUGUUUUAAAAGGUCACAUUUAAAUAAAAAAAAAACUAUGUAUAAAAAUGUAACGUGGGACAUUUCUCAAUUAUCAAGACUUGAUAACUGAAAAUAACUACCCCACUCUCACUUUCGCCAGUAAAACACGUUUGUAUUGG